CCAUAGACAGGCUCCUCCCCUCAGGGGGCGUGUUCUUACCGGAUUUCUGUCAGCUCCGGUGACUACGCCGUGUGCCGCCGUAUUCAGCCGUGUCCGUACACUGAGAGGUGUGAACAGGCGCUAAUGGCAGCAGACGCGCUGGGCUGAUCUGUGCAGGUGGUGUGAACACUCGGCAACAUCAUGCAGAAGGCUCUGUCUGCUUUCAAGCGUCUAGUGGGUUUGGAAAACCAGGAGACCGAACCCAUAUUGGAGCGGCGUGGCCACGACAGCCCUCCACCUUACAUCAGUAUUAACAGCCAUGAAGCCUCCACGUCCUGUAAUUCCAUCGAAGAGAUAACCACCGUCACCUGCUCCACCUGCCGAGGGACAGGAAGGAUUCCCAGAGGCCAAGAAAAAGAGUUGGUGGCUCUGAUCCCGUACAGCGACCAGCGUCUGAAGCCGCGUAGAACGAAGUUGUAUGUGGCUCUAGCCGUCUCUUGCUGCUUCUUGGUCUUCUUCCUGGUCGUGUUCUUUCUCUAUCCCCGCUCGGUAACGUUGGAACACGCCGGUGUGAACUCCUCCCUGGUUACAUACGACACUUCUAAGUCCAUCGUGAAUCUUCAUACUACAAAUAAAUUAAACAUAAGUAACAACAACUUGUUCGGGAUUGAAAUUUUAAGCCUGAAUGUGGAGGUUCUUCACAUGUCUGUUGUGGUCGGAACACUUACCUUGAGGGAAGUCAAAAGUAUCGGACCAUUAAUCACCAACCAGAUUUUUUAUACUGUGGAGAGUGAAGUCCAGGAUCUGAACACAUAUGAAGUCUGCACCUGGGAUCGGAUACACGUUCACAACAUUCUGCUUCAUGUGCAGGGCUCCUUGAACUGUUCGUACCUUGGACACGUGGAGCAGAUACCAUUUGAGGGUUACGAGUACCUGGAUUGUCACAGCAACUCUUCAGUCCCGCACUGAAACGCCCGAAUGGAUAUAAGAUUAAAAAAAAAAUUUCUGAGGAGAAUUCCAUGGAAAUGGUGGAGAAACCUCGAAAGUGGACAAUAUCCAUGGUUAUUCUAUAGGUCAACCAAUACUGCAGAUUCUUGUAUACUGUGAAGAUAUCUGAAUGUGAAGAGUGGGGGAGAUUUAUCAAAACCUGUCCAGAGGAAAAUUUGCCCAGUUGCCCAUAGCAACCAAUCAGAUCACUUCUUUCAUUUUGCAGAGGCAUUGUUCAAAAUGAAAGAAGCGAUCUGAUUGGUUGCUAUGGGCAACUCAGCAACUUUUCCUCUGGACAGGUUUUGAUAAAUAUAUCCCCCAGUAUCUCCAAUGGCACCAAGCACUUCUAGUAUCUAUGUAAGACACGUGCUCCGAUUAUUACAUGUGAGGUCACAAUAAUGAGAAAUAUUUGGGGGAUAGUCCGGCGGCCCCAUUCACAUUAGGAUCAGGAUCUGCUCACCGAUAUGUAACAUGUGGGUGUUUCCUAAAGGAACCCUCCAGAAAAAUAGUGCAGGGUCCUAAACGAGUUCGACCACCACCAACACUCAUCCCCCCCUUUGUGCAGGAUAGGUGAUAAGCAUCCAGUUGCUGGGGCGUCUGACUAUUGUGGACCCCCACAGUCACAAGAAUGAGGUCCUGUUUAAUUUUAAGUAGUGUUCAGAUGUGGAUGCCGGCAUUCCCAUCAAUCCAAUGGUUAAAUUUGAGUUAAAGGGGUUAUCCAGGAAUAGAAAACCAGAACUA